AUGCUUUUCUUAAUACUCCAAACGACGAAGAAUCAAUCUCAAAACGCGCGAUUUUAUGUUCAACAUUUUCAUCAUCGUCACCAAUUUUUGAAGCUGACCUAAAAAAGAUCAAGAACGUAUAA